AUGGACCGUCUACUGAGACCAGAGAGGCUGGAUGCUGACCCGAGUUCACCAACAGCAGCACAAGAAUGGAAGCACUGGAUACAGACUUUCAAGAAUUUCGUGGCAGCUAUAUCACAAGACGAAGUGGAUAAGCUUGGACUUCUUACAAACUUUGUGUCACCCAGAGUGUAUGAAACUAUUUCUGAGUGUGAUUCAUAUGAUGAUGCCUUGAGUACGUUACAGGCUCUGUAUGUCAAACCGGCAAAUGAAGUGUUUGCUCGUCACUCCCUGGCAACGCACCGCCAGCAACCAGAAGAGACGCUGGACGAGUAUUUCCGGGCCCUUAUGACGCUGAGUAAAGAAUGUAAUUUUAAGGCUGUAUCUGAAACUCAGCACUGUGAAGAAUAUAUCAGGGAUUCUUUUAUUAGUGGCCUACAAUCACCUAUGAUAAGACAACGGUUGUUAGAAAACAAGACUCUUGAUCUGACUACGAUAUUCGAUCAAGCGCGUGCCCUAGAUUCUGCACAAAGAAACUCAGAGUCUUACAGUGAUGUUCCUUCAUCUCGUGUGAUAAGUGCCGCUCUUGGUGAUGGCAGUGAUGACGAAUCAGAACCUUCUGGUGUGAUGGCUGCUGCUAGUUCAAAAUGUUAUUUCUGUGGUCUCCGGCGCCAUCCACGCACGAAGUGUCCCGCUUGGGAAGCUAUGUGUCACAAGUGCCAGAAAAAGGGACAUUUCGCUAAAGUGUGUCGGAGCAAAGGUGUUAAUGCUGCUAUAACUCCUACUAAUAAUGCGACACUGGCAACAGUAACCUCUGCUGCUACUCCUAGUGUACUGCGUAGUGCUGUAGUACAAAUUUCCAUCAAUGAUAUGGAAAUAGAUGGUCUUAUUGACAGUGGAAGUUCACAGAGCUUUGUUCACCCAGAUAUAGUAAAGCGGCACUCUUUAAGAGUACAGCAGUCUAAGAGUGCUGUGACUAUAGCUUCUACUUCCUUCUCAACUCAAACAUUUGGCUUUUGCACCGUCGACCUUAAAGUGAAUGGCCGGACCUACGAGAGUGUGCGUCUGACUGUGCUCCCACAACUUUGUUCUAAUGUCAUUCUAGGACAAGAUUUUCAGAAACUACAUGAUAGUGUUACGUUGGCGUACGGUGGACACUUGCCCCCACUUGUAGUUUGUGGACUAAAUGUGCUGAAUGUAGAUCCUCCGGAACUAUUUUCUAACUUCCGGAGGAUCUACAUUCAGCAGUAA